AAGUCAUUAACCUGGUCCACCAAGACAUGAGGUCAAAGAAAUGCAAUGGCGGCAUAAUCACCUACCACGUCCCGUUUAACAUAGGACUUGUGACAUCCGAGGCGCCAGAGCCAAAGUGCGUGAGGGCAGAGGUGAGACUGAGUGCACCAGUGAAGAAGAGGAACGCUUGUGGGUGUGGAAAACAAGUGAAAAGAGUGGACACCUCCGCUACGGUAGACGGUUCCAGGCCAAGGCGAGGCUAUCUGUCGUCCUACGCCUCCAACAGGCGACUACAGGCAAAAAUGGAAGUUGAAAGCAGAGAGAUGAAAGAGUUAAUUCAACCUUUACUAGACACAGAAAAGGAGUUCCAGAGCAUCCUCAUCAGGCAUGAAGAGGCUAAGGUGCUGAGGAGGGAACGCAUGCGUAAGUGUUGGAAAGAGGACAUAUGGUCACCCAUCCAGAAGAAAAUGGACCAGCACAUGUUCACAUGCAACCCGCUGGAAACCAACAUGCGCCAGAACCUGUACGACCAGUACCUCCAUCACGGGAACGCCAAGGGCUUUGUGUUUCUAGACACGUGCGACUUGAAGGAGUACAAUCCUUACCUCCUCCACACCGAAAAGCCACACAGGUGCAAGCUCAAUGCGGCCAAGAUGAAGGAGACAGAAUUACACGGCAGGUCCAAGCAGAAGAGGCCAGCUCGCUGUGAAGCAGGUAGAUGUCAGUACAAGUGGAUCUCUCAGAGCGAGCCCCAGCCUCCCGAGGCCCACGUGCAAUCAUUAGAUGCCACCAAAAGCGUCUCAGACGACAGAAUGAACAUACCCUUCCACAUACGUGAGACGGCCACGCCGGAUGGAAGGUGCCAUCACCAUAGCUGCUGGUUCUCCACACAUUAAACUCCAUUUUUAAUCAGCCUGCGCACCUUGUGUGUUCACCUGGUAGACUCACACACGUACACAAGUAAUCAUGCAUCCAUCAACUUGCAGUGAAUAACAGAGUCCCAAAUAAUGACAAAUGUUUCCCGAAAACUGUAUGAACAAUUUAUUCUGGCCAUUCAUCAUGU